AUGGCAACGGAGUGCAUCAAAAACUGCUGCAAACACUUCCUACGCAAGGAGAAAGAACCUGAGACUCAAGUAAUUAAAGUGAGGGUGGCUCCAGCCAAGACAACGACUACAGGGGUCACCCAGCAUGGUCCAAGCAAAGGGGUUGGAGUUUCUGAGGACUACCUCCUCUCCAAGUUGCCAGCUGAUGGGAGAGAGGUGCCCUUUGUCGUUCCAAUGUUCAAACCCUCCUACAUCCAGCCCAGUGGUUCUCACUACUCCGGCUACCAGGACAGCUUUCAGGGGUCGGCAAGGUGUACCUACGCAGACAGGAAGGCAGAACUCUCGGGGGCCAAUUACAUUGUCUAUGACCCCUACUCCUCACUUCAGUCUGGCCACAUGGUAAAUCAUGUGUCUCCGGGGCCUGCACGGCGAGGUACCCUGAGAAACAAGACCAUCGACCUGCAAGGGUCAGUGUGGGAACCGAAGAGUGGGAAGCCCAGGCUGAGUAAUUCCAUGUUCGACCUCGCUCACCCACACGGUUACAUGCAGAGGUAUGACUCGGUGUCUAGUGUCCAGAGCAGUACGUCAUCCAUGAGAGACUCUCCUGAAAGCAGCCGUAGCCUUGAGUCAAUCACACUGUCGGGGGAUGAGAGGGACCAAGGCAGGCUGAGCGUCAGGCUGAGUUAUCAGGAGGCCCUGGAGCAAGUCUGGAUAAUGCUGGUGCAGUGUAAGGAUUUGAACUUCCCAGUGGAGACUGGGGGGCAGCAGAAGAUUGGGAUUAAAGGCACCAUCACCCUGCCCAAGCCAGUCCAGUUCAAGAGCUCCAUCAAGGAGGCUUCUGCGGACGUGGAGUUCAUGGAGACCUUCGUCUUCGCCCUGCCUCUGCAGCAGCUGCAAACAGCUGGCCUGGCGUUCCGGCUGCAGACUCACCUCCCCCGAAAACGCACACUGGGCGAGUGCACCCUCUCUCUCCGGCAGCUGGGACCCCAGGAGACACAGCACUGGCUGGACAUCAACCCCCCGUCCAAAGUCCCGGCGUGCCAUGCCGAGCUGCACCUCGCUACUUGCUUCCAGCCUGUCAGCGGCCGCUUCCAGUUCCAGGUGCUGGAAGCUCAGAACCUCCCCACCUCCUCUGCACCCCUCAGCCAGAGCUUCUUUGUGAAAGCAGAGAUGCACUCGCUGGGUCGGCUGUUAACCACGAAGAAGACCCGAGCCCUGAGGCCAGCGGGGGGUCGGGUCCAGUGGGCCGAGACCUUCCUGUUUCCUGUGGUGGCGCAGGAGCAGGGCAUCAGAUUGUCUGCCAAACUGUACAGUCGCAGCUCUGUGCGCAGAAAGCACCUGCUGGGCCAGGUGCACCUGGGGUUUGAGAGCACCUCCCCUGAGGCUGUGGAGCAGUGGCGGGACACCAUUGCACUCCCUGAGAAAGUGGUGGCUGUAUGGCACAGACUGGGCGGCACCUGA